ACCACCCCCUUCGUCUACUCACUCCCCGCGGUCUCGGUCUCCUCUGUCUCUCUCCCCUCUCUCCCUCCCUCUCGGUGUCUGUCUGUAUCCACCUGUUCGGUUUCGUUCGUCACUCCAUUUCCCUCAUUCCCACCAUUCUUCCCCCUUCAGUCGGUCGGCCGGCCCUCCUCCACCCCAAAUCAAAACCCAGAAAUUCGAGCUGGCCAGAGAGAACCAAUCAGGUAAGCUCAUUUGACCCCUCUGUUGCGUAUCCCUCUCAUUGUCCCUCCGUCUGCUUGCCAACGCCCACUUUGUUGAUGUAGCCUACGUUGUACGUGCCUGGCCUCCCCUACAGUUGUGUCCGGCAACUCAUUUCGCCCCGCAAGUCCUGCUCCAGAUAACCCACAGUGGGGAGAUCGGGGAAAUCCCGGACGAUAGAAUAGAGGGAUAGGAGAAAUCAGGAACCCAACUGCCCUACCCCAAAGUAUGUAUCCACCAAGUCUCCAUGGAACAUGAUUGUCACCGAAAGGAUGGCUCUAAAAAAUCAAAAGCCCACAGAUCCCCUCUGAGUCCUCAAGUUGCCCGUGUCCUGCUCAAUUUGCCUUCAAGGAGCCUUGUGGCCGUCACAGUUUCUUAACUAAGCCGACCCACCCUCUAACGCCGCACGCACUGCAACCAUUUCCCCCCUCUCAGCCGCCUCGCGCCUGGCUACUUAUCUUUCAUCAGGCCAACUUACUACCACCUCUCCUCUCCCAUCCACCCCUCUUUCGUGGCUUCACCUGCCCACGCGCAACGUACCCUCGCCUGAUAUAGGUGCGGCUUGAGAUUUCUUUGGCCUUUCCCUUCAAACGUUUACCAUCUGCCGACCCUGCUACGACCAACCACCUCUCACCGGUUUCGAUUUAUUUCCCCGAAUUCAGGCAAGGGUUGCUACAAGACUUCAAUUGCAGGCUAUCACCAUAGACUACCCUUUACGUACAAACCAGCUAUCACUUACAAACCGCCCACCCUCUGGUCUUCCGGAACACUGCACCAAUGACAAAUAGUGGAGUCGCGACAGACGAUCUAGGGGCCAAGUCCCCCUCGAGGACACCUCCUCAGUCGAUUGCCCGGGGAAGUGACAAGGACGAUAACAACGUUACCCACGGACAAGAUAUGGACUCACUUGAGCCCACACACAAGGAGACGGAAAUUGCGGAUGAUGGAGACUCCGGGUCUCUCUCGGGAUCUAGUGACAACGAGCAAGUUCGGGAAAGGCUUAAAAAAACCUAUAUUGCGAAUGUGCUGCCCGAGUCUGCAGCUGGUAGCGAGAGUCAGAGGGAGGAUGGAGAACACAAGGCUACUGACAGUGCUGCUGUCUCCGAAACCGACCAAGAGAUGGGGGAAGAAAGACCUCGACGGCCAAGGAAGCGAAGCAUUGAGGAAACGGAUCCCAGCGAAGAUGUCAAUAUGGGGAAUGAGGGGCAUGGGAGGGAGGCAGACUCAAGGCACAGGGUUCAUGAGAGAAAGAGGAGCAGAGAAAUCUCGGAUGAUGAUAUGGCAAGGGCUGCCAGAGCUCUCAACAGGGUGAAAACGCCACCAACCCAUCCGGAAGAGGACGAGAUUAUGGGCCAUAACGAUGGCCUACACUCCGCAAGCUCGGCCAUGGCUAGCCCACGGAAGCUAGAGCGAAAGAGGAGCAGAAAUAGGUUCGAUGAGGAUGAUAAGGACAAAGAUGCCGAUCGUAGGAAAAAGAUGGUGGCAGAACGUAAGGAGGAGAGGGAUUCCGGGACGAAUGCGGAUACUGCUACGCCAUCAAAUGAGCUGACGAACGGCAAAGCCCUCGGCAAGCCAGAGGUCGCCAGAAUGAGUUCUACCGAAGCUGACCCAAAACCUGAAUCUAAGGUAUUUAUAUGUCACAGGGUCAGUCCUACAGUAUUAGCCUACUUGUACUGACAUAUCACCAAAGAUUUUAGCUGGCUGUGGGUUCGGCAACACAUCCUCCAAAUCACCCUUCGCAACAUCCUCCGCAGGCUCUAAACCAUUGUUCGGGGGCUCGGGGUCAUCUGAUAAGUUCAAAAAGUCAGCUUUCGGGACAAUGUCCGGCUCAGCAGCAUCUCCCUUCGCUACCCUUGGGUCUGCACCUCACCCAUCGAGCCCAUUUGGUGUCUUAGGCAGUACCACCACAAAUCCCUCGGCAUUUUCAUCUGGCUUUGGGAACUCCUAUGGUCCCUCUGGAUUCGGGUCUCUGGGUGGCAAAGCUGGGGAUGUUAUUUCCUCGGCUCCUAAGCUCUCAGGACCUCUCGGUGGGACAGCAGCAAGGCCGUUCGGAGCUCCGGACGACGACGAUGAGAAGACGGAUGACGAAAAUGGUGAGGGAAGUGGUGUAGAUUUGGAGGCGCAUAAGGAGGCCUCUUCCGGAAAGGAGACUUUCACCCAACAAGAAAGUAGGUCCAUUAUUCAGCGCCCUCGUAUCACAAUGCCCCCGUUCGUUACCUUGUUACGUUUACCCAUGGUUACGGGCCCCUGUUCAAUACUGACUCGUAAGCAGUUGCUACUGGAGAGGAGGGUGAAAUCACAGUUUUCAAAUGUCCGGGAAAAAUCUUUUCAUUUGAUAAGGAAAACAAAGUUUGGAAGGAGCGGGGAAAGGGUACCUUCAAACUCAACACCAAAGGCUCAAAGCCUUCUACUUCGGCGAGCGCAUUUGGAUUGGAUGAUGCCCCGUCCGUCUCUGUGACCGAGGGGAAGAAGAGUGCGAGGAUACUUAUGAGAACCGACGGGACUUACACUUUGAUUCUUAAUGUGCCCAUCUUCAAAGGAAUGAUAUUUGGGGACCAUGCCGGAAACAAACCCUCGGGCAACCAGUUCCUUCUUCUGAUUCCAAAUUCAAGCGGAGGCUUAGACUCUAUGACAUUAAAGGUAUCCCCAGUCCCUUGAGCAUUUGCUAAUGCCCUCUCUGAUUCGCUCUAUGAAUAGCUUAAAUCGGCUGCACACGCAAAAGAGCUUUAUGACCACGUGAGAAAUCUACACGAAGAGCUUUUCUCGUGAGAUCAUUACACCAUCACUUCGUCAAAGACAUGACAUGGAGUCGCCAGUUCCACAAACUAUACGACUUGCAUAUCACGCUCUUCGAGGAUCGUAUGAUGGGAGAGUUAAGCCCUUCAAUUUUAGCUAUGUGUAGUUGUUUUUAUUUUUUCGUUCUACCCUUUAUUCCCCUUGUUUCAUCUCUUUCUUUUUUAACUCUUCUCCUCGAGUGGGAAAACUUUCUUUUUAUAUCGCUUCCUGAUAGUUGUUUUUUACCCCUUGUAUACCUCAUCUGAGUAUGAGUAGUACAUACUUUCACCACUGCUACUUUCUCUUGUCGAGGGAGAGAUAUAGAGGGAGAGGGGAGAGGAAGGUACUAUGGUGGAGUUGGUCAGGUUAACGGAAAGGUCUGUCGGGGUGGGAUUCUCACCGGUUUAUUUCUAUACCAUUCUCGUAUGAUUUCUUUUUUCAUCUUCAUCCUUCUCUUCACCCUCUAGUCCCCUCAUCUCCCUGACUCUUUCUCCCUUUCUCAUCUUUGCCCAGAGACUUAUGGUGCCAACUCGAUUCCCAUCCUCCAUUCAUCCGUCCGUCCACCCAUCCAUUCCAUACGGACCGGAGCCGAGUUCAUGUGUUUGGGUAGUCCCGGGGUGUUUUAAUCUUACCGUGCCCACCUAUUCUUUUUAACUUCUUCCUUCGGUUCCCUGCUCUGCUUUUCCUACCUCCCACUUGCAUAUCGUUUAAAUAUUUCUCCUUAUUUUUCUUCUCCCUUCCUUCUAAAAAGGGACCCCACCAGGGGAGGAGGCGGAUUUGCUCUUGUUAGAAUCAUGCGCUUGCUUGCUUGGCUUUACCUGGUCUCGGUGAGUUGGGCUAGGGAUUAAAAAGUGAAUAAAAAAUAAAAAGUAAAAGAAAAGGAGGGGGGGGGGCUCCAUCGCGCGGGAGGUGGAAUGGCUGGGGGAUCUUGAACGGAAGUUUUUCCCCACAAAUAUUGGGGUGGUAUUGUUGUCAUUGAGAAAGCAUUUAUAAAUCUUGUCUCCCCCCUUUUCCUUUGCUGCUCUCCUCCGGACCAUUUCUUUCCUUUAUCUCUAAACCGAAUAUAACCACUUGUAUAGCCUAGCCUGCGCUUUUUUUUUCUCCCCUACGAUAACUAGUAAUCCGCAUGCAUACAUCCCCUUUUAUGUUAUCCUUUGUGCUCGUUUUUCGGCUUUCUUCGUUUCCCCUCGAUUUCCUAGCUACUUGGUUCACUUUACCUCGCGUGGGUGUUUUGGUGAGGCGAGGUGAGGCAGGGUGAAUAACUUAGAAUAGUAAUUCUUGUUCAAAAG